AUGGCUAAGAAAAAGGUAGUGAUCGAAGUGAGUAUGAAGAACCAAAAAUCAAGGUCCAUUGCCAUGAAGAUUGCAGUUGGAGUUUAUGGAGUGGAAAGUGCAGCUAUACAAGGAGAUAACAAGGAUCAAAUAGAGGUAACUGGAGUAGGGAUAGAUUCAGUUGAGCUCACAAGGAAGCUAAGAAAGAACUUUUGCUAUGCAAAUUUGGUAAGUGUUGGUGAUGUGGAAAAAAAGGAGGAUAAGAAAGAAGAGAAAGAAGAGAAGAAAGAAGAGAAGAAGAAAGAAGAGGAAGUUGUGGUAUGGUCUAAUGGUGUUCCUGUUCCUCAUUGUAACUGUUCCAUCAUAAGGGACCCGUAUCAAUAUUAUGAGGACCCUUAUAAAUGUUCCAUCAUGUGA